AUGGAGAUCAGCCUACUGGUGGAAAGCAGCGGCAGCUACUAUGAUAGCUCCCAAAGCCACGAGAACAGCGUGGACGUCGUUCGAGCCGGCGAAGCCCUGGCGGCAGUCUAUACGUCGGUGGCCGUGCUGUGUGUGCUUACGAUGAUCACAAGGGCGCUUGCCGCGAGAUUCUUUGGGCUUCCUUUCAACGCACGCCAUGUGUUUUUCUUGGUGCUGCUGCUGCUUCUUUUCAUUGUUCGGAUCGUGAGCGACAUUUGGGAACAAGGUGAUGGGAGGCUCGUUGCGGCCGGGUCGGGGAGGUGGAUGUACAACCUGCUCUCGACAGGCCCUGUCAUUGUUUUCCUCACCAUCUUCCUCGUGCUCCUCUAUCACCUCACCUGCGUUCUGCAUUCCAUGAACUUGGCCAAAGAAAGCCUCGAGGAGGCCUAUUGCAGAUCUGUGGCGGUGGGCCCUGGAUCCAUGGAGCGAUCCAGCUUUCCAGAGGAGAUGGUCAGUCGGAAUGUUUGUGGCAGGUGUAGAGGGAAGGCUUUCCUCAAGCACUUCGGUUGCUUUAUGGUGUUCGCCGCGAUCACCCUGUGGGUGCUCUUUGUGGUCGGUUACGUUGCUACGCUUCUCGUUCAGGACGACGACAAGCAUCACAUCAGCAUUGCUCUCACGGCUCUGGUGGAAGCGCCCAUCUUCGUGGUUUGUACACUCACCGGGCUGGGCCUCUUCGCCUUUGCCGUGCAGCUCCUGCGUCACUUGAGGCGACUUAAGACGAUGCUGACCAGCGAGCAGGCCAUCGCAGCCCUGAGCGCCGGAGCUGCUCGUAUGCACGUCGUGCGUGCAACCGGUUGCGCGAGUUUCAGAGAGCUCUUCUGGCGUCAGCUCUCAAACUCGAGCAACUGA